AUGCCGGCCUGUUUUUCCGACCGGGAAAGAGACAGCCUUGCGGAAGCAAGAAAACGCUGCCCCAGGAGGAGAGCCGGUCCUCCCUCUCGGCGCUGCUGCCACGCCGCCCCCAGGCAAAGCCCGCCCGGCCCGGCCCGGCCCGACCCUUCCCGAUUCUCGCCCCCCCGGCGUGUCCCCACGCGUGUCCGGCAGCGGGCGGGGACGCGCCGAGCCGCCGGCCGGGCUGCUCGCCUUCACGGAGACGUGGCUCGCCGGGGGACGUGCUCGCACACCCACAGGCGGGGUGGAGGAGGCGCCCCCUCCCCCGACACCCCUUUAACCGCGCCCCCCACUUUAAGGGAAUUCGCUGUCCCCGCAGGAGAGACCGCGCCAGGGCAGGGAAAGCGCAAACUUGCGCCGGAGCGCUCGGACGUGCAGAGGCAGGACAGCACUGGCAGGGUUCCCCGGCAAGGGCAGGUCUCCAGGGCCCACAGCCGCCAGCUCCAUCCCUCCCCCCGCCGUCCCCACCGGCCCCUUUCCCCUCCGCCGGCCCCGGCCCCGGCCCCGGGGAAGCACCGGGAGCCCCCCGCGGGCAGAGCCGGCUCCGAGCCCCGCUCCGGAGGUCAGGGCCGGCGGGGGCAGGCAGAUGGAAAAUCCCAGUUCCUGCCGCACAUAACAAACAAGGUGGGGACGGGCAGAGCGCUGCGCGGGAGGGGAAGGGCGUGGGGUCCCUCCCCCGUGGCACCGCCGCAUGCUUGCGCCCCGGGAGCUCCCUCCCACGGCGGCGCGCGGACACGGGUGGGCUCGGCGCCUCGAUCCCGGGGGGGGGGUGGGUGGAGGGGGGCGAGGUGCUGCGGGAGCGGGGCUUCUCGCCCACGCGUGCACCGCCGCGCACGCACGCUGAGUCACACGGGCACGCCGUGUCACGCACGCACUCCGCGUGCCACACACGCACCGCCUCUCCCCACGCGCGGCGUGCCACGCAGCGACGGAUGCCCACGCACCCCCAAGCCCGCUUGCCCCACGGGUGCUUCACGCCCGGACACGCAGCGUGGGGGUCUCACACGAGCCUUGUCACACCCCCACUCGUGCCCACAUCCCCCCCGCCCCGAGCCUCCCCGCCCCGCACACGCAGGGCGCGCUCCCGCUCUCCCACGCGCGGCGUCCCCACGCGGCGUCCCCACCCGCCCCCGAGGCGCACGCCCCCGGGGAACCUUUCCCGUGGCCUUUUUGGCAGCGCCCUGCGGGGCCAGCUGCACGGCCCCGCUCGGGAACAGCCCGUGCUCGUUCCCACCCGCGGGGGGGACACCUGCCGCGGGGAGCCCCCCGCCCUCGGGGCCGCCCCCUCGGGGCCCUUCCCGGCUCCGUUUUUCCCCCGGGCGGCCCCGGCAGCGCCGUGCGCUCGGCGGCCGCGAUGUGCGCGCUGCCGGAGCCAGCCGGGGAAAGGCCAGCAGCGCCCGAGGCGCGGGCAGAGGUAGCGGCUGAUCUCUUGGCAGAUCCGACAGCGAUUUGGCCGCCGCAACCGGGAGGCCGGCCCGGAUUAUUCAUCACGGGCGGCCGAGCGCAAUCCCUCCCAUCCCCCCUCCGCCGGCCCCGGCUAUUCCGUCCCGGCUCCCGCGAGCGAUUUUGGGGCUGGGGAGGAGGAAUUCGGGGCGCACGGCAGCGGGGUCCCGUCCUCCCCCCCCCCCCACCCCUCAUCCCUUGGAGCGGGCGAGGGCCCCCGGCGCGCAGCAGCCGCUGCUUUGCAAACCGCACGAUCGCGGCUCUCGGCGGGCGGCCCGGUGCUCGCAGCCAGCGGGGCCGAGCCGUGCCAAAGCGGCGGCCCCGGGCGCAGCUCUCCCGCCGGCAGCCAAACCGCAAGGAAAGCCACGCUCCGCAGCACACCCCCGGGGCUCGCCGGGUGCCGCUUUCCCCUCUUCCUCCCUCCCCCUCCCCACACACACCGCCCCCCACCCACUUCGCCGACCCCGCUCCCGCAGGGGGCUUCCAGCGCCCGGCGCCGGGCUUUCCUCGCCCCCUGUCGGAAAGCACCGGGCGCUGCGGGGCCGCGCUGCGCCGGGGGGGCUCCGGCUCCCGGCCCCCGCCUCUCCGCCGCGACCCUCCGCGGAGGGCAGCGUGUGUGGGGCGCAGCCCCGGCAGGCACCCUGGGGGGGAUUUCACUUCCCCAUCCCCUUCCCCUUCCCCCCUUUGAGUCCUUUUCCCUUUCCCCAUCCCGUCCCCGCCGCCCCCGGAGCGGGGCCGAUGCAGCCGAGGCGCGCAUCUCGCUCUUAAAUCAAGCCUGGAUAUUUAAAGCUUAAACUCCCGGUUUAUUUUCGUAGCAGACCGCUCGCUGCUUAUUCGGGAAGCUAUUUAAAUACCUCCCCCGACCUAGCCUCGGGGUUAGCAAUGUUUGGCUGCUCGAGCAUUUCCAAAGGCUCUUUGGGACCGUCGCCUCGCCUCUCCAGGACGCGCUCCGGGAGCGGAGCGGGGGGGCUCGCCCGGGCUUUGUUAAGGGUCUGGGGGGACGCUUUUGGGGAGCUGAAGGGAAAAGACCUUCUUUUCAGCUCGGGAAUCGCGGUGCUUCGCAGUCACUUCACGGUUUAUUACUACAGGAGGAAUCUGUUUAUAGUCAAACAGCGUUACAUUGGGCCGUAUCGAUUUUCGAGCAGCGCUCCCCACCGCUUUAAUUGUUUUUAGGAAUGUCAAUUGCAGCUCUCGUGUUCCCUGAAUUCAUCAGCGUUCAAAUGAUAAACCUAAUCAUCGCUCUAAAUCACACGGCAAUCUGCUGGUGCCUUGCUGUGCCCCCUCCCUCCCUCCCCCAGCCCCACACACUCGGCGUGUCUCGGGGCGCAUUCAACUCAGCGCCCAGCAGCCUGCUCGCACCUCUCCGGCUCGCAGCCACCCUCUAAGUUCUACCGUCUUGAAAUGAAUGCGCCGAAGAAAUACACCCCUAAAUUAGUCACGGUUCCUGCUUUCGGGUUCCACAGCUCAAAAUCCCCAUUGCAACGCUGAGGAGACGAAACCGAGAAAAAAAAAAAAAGAAAAAAAAAAAAAAAAAGGCAAACCACACAGAGAAGUCAUCGAGUCUUUAAAAAAUAAUUAGGAAGAAAAACAAGCUGGAACUGCGGACAAGGCGCUGGAAAACCCACGCUGCUGCUAAUCCCUGCAGGCAGGGAGCAAACGACAGCCUUGCCCCGGCCUCCCACGCCGUGCCGCGGGGUGCCCGGCCUCCCACGGCCGCGAACACGCGUGGGCAGCCGCGGGGACCCCCGGGCAGCCGCGGCACCCCCCUCCGGGGUUCCCCGGGAGCUCCCCGCUUCCCUCGACCCCGGGGAGGGGGCGGGCGGCUGGGGGGUCGCGGCCGGGGCCGGCGGCGGUCGGAGGCACUCCGGGGCUCCCCCUCCUCCAGCUCGGCCGUCCCCUCCCGGCCGAGGCCGGCACUGCAAGCCCGGCCUCCCCCCGCAGCCCCCGGGGGGGGCCGCGCCGCUCCUCCCUGCCACGCAAAGGCGCGGGCGUGCGGUAAUCCCCGGCCGCUGCACGCUCAGCACACGCCAGCGGGGCCCCCCUUUGGGCACGACCCCCUCGACGGCACGACCCCCCCCCAGGGCACGACCCCAGGCCGGGCACGACCCCUCUAAGGGCACGACCACCCCCCCGGGCACGACCCCCCCGGCUUUAUUCAGCAGCCACCGGGCUCCUCGGCAGCGCUCACCCGGGCGGAGCUGCCUCCCCCGGGGCCCGGCACGGCUCGGCACGGCUCGGCACGGCUCAGCCCGGCACGGCUCGGCUCGGCUCAGCCCUCCGGGGCCAGCCCGCAAGCCGCCCGCCUCGGGGCCCCGACGUGUGGCCGCCCGCGGGGCGAGCGGGCAGCCCCGGGCUGCUGUUUAUUUUGUUAUCAAAUCAAUUAAG